UAAAUCGCAAUUUGACAGAGUCGUCGUCGGCAGUUUAGUUUCAGUCUGGGUCUCUCAUGGGUAGCGAUUCCGUCGAAGCGCAACGAGAUGAGCACAAGAUCGAGGUCUGGGCGGCCAACAAGGACCGACUGGAGUCGAUCCACCGGCGUAUCUCAGAACCCACGAAGCUGCUGAGCAGAGCCGCCGGGAAGAGCGACUGCUGCAUCUUCCGGGUCCCGCAUAGCCUGGCCGAGAUCAACGGCCGGGCGUACGAGCCCCACAUCGUCUCGAUCGGCCCGUACCACCGCGGCCAGCCCCACCUCCGGAUGAUCGAGGAGCACAAGUGGCGGUACCUCGGCGCGGUGCUGGAGCGCACCCGGCCCAGUGGCCUCGGCCUCGAGGACUACAUGCGGGCCGUGGAGCCCCUGGUCGGGAGCUCCCGGGAGUGCUACUCCGAGGCCGUGCCCCUCGACGAUGACGAGUUCAUCGAGAUGAUGGUGGUCGACGCCUUCUUCAUGAUCGAGCUGUUCCGCAAGGCCAGCCGGCUUGUCCCCUACGAGCGGGACGAUCCGCUCUUCACGAUGGCCUGGAUUCUGCCCUUCUUCUAUCGGGACUUCCUCAGGCUCGAGAACCAGAUCCCCUACUUCGUGCUUGAGCUCUUGUUCGAGAUGUCGAUGGUGUCUGCUGAGGAAUCGAAACGGUCGCUGGCUGAGCUCGCGCUCGGGUUCUUCAACAACAUCAUGCAGAGGCCGGACAAGGUGAUUGCUGCUUGCCGCGAUCUUAAGGGGAGGCACCUGCUGGACCUGGUCCGGUCGAGCUUCAUCCCGAGAGACCGGGAUGAGCUGUUGGAGCCGCCGAGGGGAACGAGGGUCCCAACCCACGUGAUCCACUGCAUAUCGAAGCUCCGCCGAGCUGGGAUCAAGCUGCGGGCCAGCAAGGAGGAGGGGGAGAGCUUCCUGGUGGUGAGGUUCAGGGGCGGCGUGCUGGAGAUGCCGACGAUCACGAUCGACGACUUCAUGAGCUCGCUCCUGCUCAACUGCGUGGCUUACGAGCAGUGCCACCACAGCUCGUCCAAGCACAUCACAACCUACGCUACCCUCCUCGACUGCCUCGUCAACACUUACAAGGACGUCGAGUACCUCUCCGAACGCAGCAUCAUGGAGAACUAUUUCGGGACCGACGGCGAGGCCGCGGGGUUUAUCAACAACCUCGGCAAGGACGUGGCCUUCGACAUCGGAGUGUGUUAUCUGGCCGGGGUCUUCAACCGCGUGCACGAGUACUACAGGAACAGCUGGCACGUCUACUGGGCGGGCUUCAAGUACACCUACUUCAACACGCCAUGGUCGUUCAUCUCGGCCCUCGCUGCCUUCGUCCUGUUGCUGCUGACCAUAACCCAGACCUACUUCACCGUCUUCGCCUAUCUCCGCCCUCCUAACUGAUGGCGAUGGGGCCAGAGUUUUGAUUGAAUUGCAGGAUAUUCUUUCUUUUGUACAGGAAUCGUGGCUGCUUGCGGAGAUGAGACAUUCCAUUUUAGAUAAAUUACAGAUUCAACUUUCAAAUUGGCUCUACAUGUUCAAUAUCACUUCUCGCU